AUCACAGGUAAUUGCUCUGAUUCAAUCCACCUGAUGGCCCGGACGUUAAAGACGCCGCGUUGGCCCGAGUGCUUCCAGCCGGACUGUGGUGUAUGUACUGAAGACGUUGCGUCAUGUGGAACCAAGCUUGCAGUCAGUCCCUUGAUGGGAUGACCAGCGACAACGCGGGGACAUUAAAGAGGUCAACGCUUCAGAUUCUGCCCUGCACGGUGUCUCAGCUGCUCUCUGCUUCUCAAGGCAGCAAUGACGCCUUCACAAUCUGUAACUGGGAACUCAACCAGGUCUCCGUCGUCGGCGUCGUCGUCGGCGUGGCUCCCUUUGUGACGAACAUCCAGUUCUCCGUGGAUGACAUGACCGGUCCACCAUUCAACGUGAAGCAGUGGGUCAACACGGAGGACUGCGCGCCGACGACGUCGGCCUCUCCGGGAGCGUACGUGAAGGUCAUUGGAAGCCUACGCAGUUUCAAUGGUCAAAGGUCAUUGCUGGCAAUGAAGAGCCGACGUAUCAAGGACCUGAACGAGAUCACGUCCCACAUGUUGGACGUGGUGCAUGCCCAUAAGCAGCAUUUUGGAAAGGUAUUUGAUGUGAAUAUGAAUAUCACUGCUGCCUCGCCGUCUGGACGAGUCCUCAAGCAGAGCGGUGACGGGCAUCUUAAAGUCCCCUUACCACAUGGUUUGACCACCCUCCAGGGUCAGGUGUUGACCGCACUCAGGAGGUUCUCCGUGUGCGACGCGGGCAUCGGUUUCCAGGAACUGCAGACGCAGCUGGACCACUUCAGUCCGAGAGACAUCAGAACGGCCUUGACCUUUCUGACCGAUGAAGGUCACGCCUUCUGUACCAUCGAUGAGCAUCAUUUCAAGUCGACGGAAUAUUAGCGGUCGGCCGGGGAGCUCGUGAAACGUCAACGUCCUGGAUCGAGAUGAACUCACUACCCACAUGUUUAUGGAGACAUGAAUCCUAAAUGUUUUGGUUAUAUUUAGUUGGUUAUGACGUGAUGUAGCAGACAGCUUUGUCUGUAUAACUCUGUAUAUUUAGGACAGAUUACAAAACUGUUACAUGGUUUAAUAGUGUAUCAUUUAUUGCCUGUAUGUAUUGCUCAGGCUUCUUAUGUUUGACUGUACAUAUUUUUUGUUUUUAAUGUCUGUUCUGAAUUUGUGGGUACCUUGCAUUUUGAUGCUGUAUAUAAAGAAUGACGUUCAA